UCUAGGUUAACACCUGGAGGAAACUUCACAAGUUUAGUCAACAUUUUUAGCGAUUAUCUUUGAAGUCGAGAGUUUCAGACCACCAUGUCAGACCCAAAAGUUCACCUGUUGAAGGCCAUCGGUAGAGGUGACGUAAAACUGGCCCGGGUGCUUUUGGAGGGCGGGGAACUCAACGUGAACGGCCCGGUCGUGUCUGGGGAGGGGGGCGCUGAUUCUCCCGAAACUUCUACUUUCCUCUGCCACGCUUGUGACAUCGGGAAACUAGACAUGGUCGAGCUUCUAGUAGAGAAAGGGGCUUCCUUAAAUCUACAGGAGGGGGCGUCCACUAAAGAAUACCCACUCUGGUAUGCAACAAGGUCUGGAAACGUCAGCUUAGCAGGCUUUCUUGUGGAGAAAGGUGCAAGUGUGAAACAAACUAACGCGAACGGGACGACGCCUGUGCACAAGGCUAUGGAAGUCGGGGACAGGGAGGCGUCUGUGAAACUAACGGAGCUUUUCUUGGCUCACGGCGCGGAGGUGAACGCCAAGAACAGGUGGGGGAAUACACCUGCUCACCUGGCCGCCAAACGUAACAACGUGGACGCCAUGUGGGCGCUUAUAGCGAGCGGAGCGGACACAACCUGUAAGAACAACGAGGGGAACACCGUGUAUGACCGCGCUCGGUUUUACGGCUCCGAGGCGGUUAGGGACUUCAUUCUUCGCCGGGCUGCGGGGAGAGUUUCCCGGGAGACAGAACCAGAAGGAAGGUUCGGGAAUUAUUUGCCGCCCUCAACUCCCAAAGCGCAGGUACCGGUAGACGUUCUUCUGAACAUAAUCGACAGUCAAAGAAAACGGCUGGACGAACUACAAGAGAAGUAUUCAGACCUCCGCACCGAAAUGACAGAGAUACGAAACAAGGUGUUCGGAGCAGGACCACAGUCUGAGGAUGGAGCUAUAGCUACGCCGAUGUCAGACAGACAUAAGGACAUUUUACGCUCACACCACACCGAGCUGAUACAAGACAUGCAGCCCAACGCCGUCAUCGACUACUUGUACCAGGAAAACGUCUUAGACGACCAACUUCAGGCGGAAGCCAAGGCGCAGACGACACGGCAUGACACCAACAAGAAACUCCUGGAAAUCGUUCCAACUCGAGGGGAUCGGGCGUUCUAUGUCUUCCGCCAUGGCCUGAUCAAGACUAAACAACAGCACCUAGCCGACAUGUUGGAGGGACGGGCCGACAGUUAGGACUAACUCACAAAGG